GUCAUAUCCAGUCGGUGAAUUUUCUGCUUUGCUUUGUUUCCAAGCUCUAGACUUUUACAAAUUUCAACGACGUCAAAAUGGCUGCGCACAAAGUCAACUUCAUCACCGGCAACGCCAACAAGUUGCGCGAGGUCAAGGCCAUUCUUGAGCCUGAAAUCGAGGUUCUGAGUAAAUCUAUCGAUCUCGAGGAGGUCCAGGGCACACUUGAGGAGGUUACAGAGUCAAAGUGCCGUAGAGCUGCUGAUCUGGUACGUAACUAUCUUAUCUAUCCUACAAAUGCUGUAAAGAAAAUGAAUGUGCUUAACAAUAAAAUACAGGUGAAAGGCCCCGUCCUGGUUGAAGAUACAGCUCUGUGCUAUAAUGCUCUGAGCGGUCUUCCUGGAGCGUACAUCAAGUGGUUUAUGACUUCGAUCGGCCAUCAGGGCUUGAACAACCUGUUGGCUGCUUACACUGAUAAGUCCGCUGAGGCUGUCUGCACUUUUGGGUACUGUGCUGGACCUGGCGAGAAGGUCAUCCUCUUCCAAGGCCGAUGCCCAGUAAGAAACUCUCGAGUUCUUUCACCGUGACUGUGCUGAUAUAUGAUGCAGGGCAAGAUUGUGCCUCCCCGAGGACCUCCCGAUUUCGGUAUGUGUUGAGAAAAGAAUACAUAGAAUACAUGCUGACAUGUGAAAAGGAUGGGAUGCCGUCUUUGAGCACGAGGGCCAAACGUAUGUAAAGUUUGAACCCAAAUGAUGAUCUCUGCUAACUCUCAUAGUUUUGCUGAGAUGGACAAGGCGGAAAAGAACAAGAUCUCCCACCGUGGUCGAGCUCUGGCCAAACUUCAAGCUUGGUUCAAAGACCAGCAGUAGAUUGUAGAGGAUUACGAUACAGCAGCGUACUUGGUGAGACUAGAGUCUUAUAAGUAUAAAGGUUAGAUGCAGUCAAGGACCGGAUUACUUACUAGAGCACCUCAUAUUGGUUGUACUUGCGAAAGUAGUGAGAGCCACGACGAUAUGGCUGCAAGAAACUAUCGAUUGAAGAGGGCUUCUGACGAACUGUUCUGCCGAUGAGGUUUCGGAUCUUUGUAGAAUCACGAAAACUAGGGUCGAAUACCAAUAGAUUCGCCUGCCCGUCCAUUUGCCUCUCGAAGCCGACGAUUGUCAAAGAGUGUCCUGUCUACAUUUAGUGCCUGGUAAGCAUGCUGGUGGUUUGAGAUGUUCUUACCUGGGUGUUGUAGGUAGAUUGGUG